GUGAGUUUAUUUUUUAAAUAAUUAAAAGGUGCAUAAAAGGGUAAGGCGGCACUAAGACCCAGAGGACAGCAUCCUCUCUCAAACUAGAAGAUGAUGCUUAUCAAAGCUGCAACUUUUGCAUCAGAGCCCUAUAAAAAGCAGGAACCCUGCGACCGCAUAUCAGUGAAACCUAUGAAAAAUUGCCGCUGCUUGCGGGCAAAGUAUCUACGUUUUAAAGAUGACUCGUUUGUGGACGUGAAGAGGAGCAGGGAUGUUCUUACACAACUUCUGGGAUGCUUUAUAUUGUGCAAUUUUGCAACUGGUAUGCCCUCAGCUGAUUUUUAUUUUUCGUAGAGACCGAAGUUUGAGAAUUAGAAUGAAGCAGAAAAAUAUCUUCGCAUACCACAGAACGAAAACAUCCACGAGCGUUUGUCUGCACCUGAUGCUGGAGCUGACAGAAAUCAUGAAGCGCCGAAAAUAUUGCUUUAAUUUCAAAAUAUGAAAACAUAUGGUCUGCUGGGAUGGAGCGCAGCGGUCAUUUCAAACCAACACCUGGCCAUUUCGAGGUUUUGAACAGCUCGACCGGCACCAAUGUGACUUUAACACCUAAAACGGACGAAAAACAAGAAAGUUUCGCGUUCCAAGUCACCUUAGCGUCCGUUCUCGGUCUCAUCACUCUUGCAACAAUAUUAAGCAAUGCGUUUGUCAUCGCCACCAUUUCCCAGUCCAGAAAGCUCCAGACACCGGCGAACUUCUUGAUCGCGUCCCUGGCCGUCACGGACCUUCUGGUGUCGGUGCUCGUGAUGCCCAUUUGCGUGCUGUACACGGUCACGCACGAGUGGACGCUCGGGCAGGUUAUCUGCGACAUCUGGCUGUCCUCAGAUAUUACCUGUUGCACCGCGUCCAUUCUUCACCUCUGCGUAAUCGCCUUGGAUCGAUACUGGGCUAUAACGGACGCGGUCGAGUAUGCCAAGAAACGCACCCAAGCGCGCGCCGCGGGGAUGGUGGCGACCGCCUGGAUCAUCGCCAUCUCCAUCUCCCUGCCACCUUUCUUCUGGCGGCAGGUGAAGGCAGGGGAGCUCACCACCUGCUCGGUCAACACGGACCACAUCUUCUACACCAUCUACUCCACUUUCGGAGCUUUCUACAUCCCUACGCUGCUGCUCAUCGCCCUGUACGGGCGGAUUUACGUGGAGGCGAGGAAGCGCAUUUUGAAGCAGUCGCCCAAAAAAGCGGGGAAAAGACUCACUUCGGCACAUCUGAGCACGAAUUCCCCCGCUUCGGUGGCUUCGACUUCUCCUUUGCAUUGUGGAAGGCAAGAGCUUUACUCGGACAGCGGGUCUCUGGGCAGUGACAAUCAAAUUAGAGUAACUGUGUCCGAUUCACUUCUGGAGAAAAAGAGAAUCUCGGCUGCGCGAGAGAGGAAAGCCACCAAAACCCUGGGCGUUAUUUUAGGAGCCUAUAUUGUGUGCUGGUUGCCGUUUUUCAUUUACACACUGCUGGUUCCCCUCUGUCCAUCCUGCUUUUCCGCAGAACUCUUUGACUUUUUCAAUUGGCUCGGCUAUGUCAACUCACUGAUCAAUCCAAUAAUAUACACCAUGUCGAAUGAUGACUUUAAAAAAGCUUUUCACAAACUCAUAAGCUUUAGAUGUUGCAGACGAUAGUAAAAUAGAUCAAUAAUACUAGGAUAAU